AUGAGGCCCCGUUCUUCUCCCCCUUGUGUGUCGCCUCCUCGCCCCGCGCGUUCUGUUGCCCCACACGCCCCGCGCGCCCUGUUGCCCUGCGUGUCCCGCGCGCCCUGCUGCCCCACGCGCCCCGCGCGCCCUGCUGCCCCACACGCCCCGCGCGUCCUGCUGCCCCACGCGCCCCGCCGCCCUGCUGGCCCGCUCGCCCUGCCGCCCCGCGUGCCCUGCCGCCUCACGCGCCCCACGCGCCCUGCUGCCAUACGCACGCUGCCCUGCCCCCCGCGUGAUUCCCUGCCCCACCACUGCCCAGCGUCUUGCUGCCGCGCACGCCGCCCGCGCUGCGCCUGCGCCGCCGCGCUGCCCCCGCUACCCCGCGCCGCCGCGCUGCUGCCAGCGCUUAGGGAGCUCCCGCCUGCGCUUCCUCGCACUUCCGUUCGCGCUACAGCCCGCGCUUGGGGUGUUGCCGCCAGCGCCGCCGCUUAG